GCAAGAACUCGCCUGGAGGAGGAGGGGCAGGAGAGAGGAAGAUUGUUGCAGCAUCGAGGGCUCUAGGAUCUCCCCUGCAUACAUGCCAAGCACACGCACACACACAUCAACACACGUGUCAUCCAGCCCAAGGGUCCCUGUCUCUAUUCCUCAAUAAAGAUAACUACUACCCCGAGGCACAUGAUGGGAGCUCCCACAGAACUGGUUUUCAUCUCAAUAGCCAUCAUCACCUUUACGGGGCGGUGCCUGGCACACAGUGCCAUAAGGAACUAUGGGCCAAUCUUUGAAGAUCAACCAGUCAACACCCUCUUUCCUGAAGGCUCAACAGAAGAGAAGAUAACUUUGGCUUGUCGAGCAAGAGCCAGCCCUCCUGCAACUUACAGAUGGAAGAUGAAUGGCACAGAAAUGAAGAUGGAGCCGGAUACUCGUUACAGGCUGGUUGGGGGCAACUUGGAGAUAAGCACCCCAGUCAAAGCCAAGGACGCUGGGUCUUACCAGUGCCUGGCAUCUAACCCCAUGGGCACGGUUGUGAGCCGAGAAGCCUACGUCCGCUUUGGCUUUUUGCAGGAAUUCUCCACAGAAGAGCGAGACCCCGUGAAGAUUACAGAGGGCUGGGGGACAAUGUUCACCUGCAGCCCCCCUCCACAUUACCCAGGCCUGUCCUAUCGAUGGCUCCUGAAUGAGUUUCCCAACUUCAUCCCAGCAGAUGGAAGGCACUUUGUCUCCCAGAUGACAGGAAACCUUUACAUUGCCAAGACAGAGGCAUCAGACCUGGGCAACUACUCCUGCUUUGCCACAAGCCACAUCAAUUUCAUCAGGAAGAGUGUCUUCAGCAAGUUUGCCAGACUCACCCUUAUUGCGGAAGCAGAUGCCAGACAGUAUGCACCCAGCAUUAAAGCCAAGUUUCCUGCCGACACCUAUGCCCUGGCUGGGCAACUAUUGACUCUCGAGUGUUUCGCCUUUGGAAACCCCGUCCCUCGGAUAAAGUGGCGAAAGGUGAACAGCUCACAGUCUUCCAAAUGGAUCUCCAAUGAGCCCCUCCUGCAGAUCCAAAACGUUGACUUUGAAGAUGAAGGCACUUACGAGUGUGAGGCUGAAAAUGCUAAGGGAAGAGACACCUACCAGGGCCGCAUUAUUAUUCAGGCUCAGCCGGAGUGGCUGAAGGUGAUCACAGACACAGAAGCAGACAUUGGAUCUGACCUACGCUGGAGCUGUGCAGCAGCUGGCAAGCCACGGCCUACGAUCAGAUGGCUCCGGAAUGGGCAGCCGUUAACCUCUCAGAACCGCAUCGAAGUGAGCAGCGGAGAGCUGAGACUUUCCAAGCUAGCCCUGGAAGACUCUGGCAUGUAUCAGUGUGUAGCUGAGAACAAACACGGCACAGUGUAUGCAAGUGCUGAAUUAACAGUGCAAGCCUUAGCGCCAGAUUUUCGGCUAAACCCCGUGAAGCGGUUGAUACCAGCAGCCCGAGGUGGGGAGGUCAUCAUCCCGUGCCAGCCAAGAGCAGCACCAAAGUCCAUCGUGCUCUGGACCAAAGGAACUGAACUCCUGAUCAACAGCAGCAGGGUGACUAUUACCCCAGAUGGCACCUUGAUCCUCCGGAAUAUCAGCAAAUCUGAUGAGGGGAAGUAUACCUGCUUUGCUGAGAAUUUCAUGGGAAAAGCCAACAGCACAGGAAUCCUCUCAGUUCGAGAUGCCACUAAAAUCACCCUGGCACCAUCUAGUGCGGACAUCAACUUAGGCGAAAACAUUACCCUGCAGUGCCAUGCCUCCCAUGACCCAACUAUGGACCUAACCUUCACCUGGUCCCUGGAGGACUUCCCCAUUGACUUUGACAGGUCUGAAGGGCACUACAUGAGAGCUAGCAGGAAAGAGGCUAUUGGGGACCUCGCCAUCCUGAAUACUCAGCUGAGGCACUCCGGGCGGUACACAUGCACAGCCCAGACCGUUGUGGACAGCGUAUCUGAGUCAGCCAUGCUGGUUGUAAGAGGACCUCCGGGGCCCCCUGGGGGCGUGGUGGUGGUGGACAUCAGCGACACUACCAUCCAGCUGAGCUGGAGCCGUGGCUUCGAUAACCACAGUCCUAUUGCCAAAUACACCAUCCAGGCCCGCACCCUACUCUCCAACAAAUGGAAGCAAGUGCGCACCAAUCCUGCAAAUAUUGAGGGCAACACGGAGACAGCCCAGGUGGUGAAUCUCAUCCCCUGGAUGGACUACGAAUUCCGGGUCCUAGCCAGCAACAUCCUUGGAGCUGGGGAUCCUAGUGGGCCCUCCACCAAAAUCCGCACCAAAGAAGCUGCCCCUACUGUGGCGCCAUCUGGGCUCAGUGGAGGAGGAGGGGCCCCCGGUGAGCUCAUCAUCAACUGGACGCCAAUGCUGCGGGAGUACCAGAACGGGGAUGGCUUUGGAUACAUCCUGUCGUUCCGCAAGCAAGGCACCCAGGCGUGGAAGACUGCACAGGUGCCCCACCCAGAAUCCCUGCACUACGUUUACCGCAACGACAGCAUCAGGCCCUACACCCCAUUUGAAGUGAAAAUCAAAGCAUACAACAGGAAGGGGGAGGGACCGGAGAGCCUGACUGCCAUUGUGUACUCUGCAGAGGAAGAACCAAAAGUGGCUCCCUCCAGGGUUACAGCCAAGGUCAUUUUGUCCUCGGAAAUGGAUGUGUCAUGGGAGCCGGUUGAACAGGGAGACACAAAUGGAGUCCUUCUGGGCUACGAGAUCCGAUACUGGAAGGAUGGCGAUAAAGAGGCAGCAGCAGACAGAGUGAGGACAGCAGGUCUUGUCACCUCAGCUCACGUGACAGGCCUGAACCCCAACACAAAGUACCACGUGACAGUCAGAGCUUACAACCGGGCUGGAACGGGGCCAGCCAGUCCCUCUACCAACAUCACAACAACAAAGCCACCCCCAAAGAGGCCACCUGGUAACAUCUCCUGGUCAUUUUCCGGCUCCAGUGUCAGGGUCAAGUGGGACCCUGUUGUUGCAAAGGCGAACGAGUCCACUGUUACUGGGUACAAGAUGCUCUACCGGCAGGACUCGCACUCCACUCCCACACUGUACCUGGCCAGCAAGAACCAGAUUGAGAUCCCAGUUCCUGAAGACUCCACUCACGCUCUGGUGCAGAUUAGGGCAACGGGGCCAGGAGGAGAUGGAGUCCCAGCAGAGGUUCACAUCCUCAGAAAUGGCGGCACAAGUAUGAUGGUGGAAAAUUCGUCAGCCAAUCCAGCACCGCAUACUGUCAUUAUUAUGAUUAACUCUCUAGUAAUGUUGGCUCUGAUUGGCUACUUGGAGCUCUGAUGCUGGCCAAUCCAAUUGAGGAUCACUGGACAAUUCCUCCUAAGCCUGCGUGGAACUAUUCGACAUUUGGCCAUUGCAACUACAAGUUUGUGCCACAACAGCGCUACAAAAAAGGGGGUUGUCAAAAUCAACGUAAAGGGGGAAAAAACAAAAGAAACACCCAUUUUUUUUUAGAAAAUAGAACAUUUCAUACAAGACCUGGGUCUUUAACCAAUCCAAGAUUUUUUUAAAAGAAAAAAAAACAAAACACAAAGAGGAAGAAUUCUGUGUGAAUUCUGAGAGCCAGCUGUCUUAUGUACUUUUUCCAGUAGGUUUAUUGCCUUAUGAAGCCAUGUACGAAAAUAACCAGACUGCUAAACUAGACUUUUUUUUUUUAAAUAUGUACAUUAGCUUUUGAGGGGAAGGAUUUCAAUGUUAUCAGCAUGCUCCAUAUCAUCCCCACAGCCACCUCUGAACUGACAGCUCUGGUGUUCAAAGAUAAGGGCGAAUAUUAUUGGAGGAGCUUUUCCCAGAUCCUGAGCCAAAUCAGCUAUUUUGCAGCAACCAUCUCAAGGAGAAAAAGCAUCAAGAGAAAGGAAUCUCUGUGCCCUGCCCUAUCCUGAAGGAGAGGGAAGAGCUUAGUAUUUAGGUAGUAAAAAAGAAAGAUAAUAGAUCAUAGGUGAAGUGGAAAUUGUUUUAAUUGCCUCUUACUGGCAAUGCUGGGGCUGACUUGCAAUCCUGUACAACAGGUCACCCUGGCUGUUAUGUUAAGAGGUGCAACCUUCAGUAUUACCCACAUCCUGGGAUUGUUUUGUUGUUGCUGUUUUCCCUUUGGGUGUUUGUUUGUUUUAACACACACUUUUCUCGAAUCUCAAAUUUGGGGAGAUAGAUCCAGCCUAUUAAAGCGAUUUCAGAGGAAUUCAUCUUCAGCUCACAGAGUAGAAUCUUAAAGGGGGCAUGAUUCCCAUCUAGCCGAAUAUUAGCCAUGCCCCACAGUUAUGAGAUCAAGGUCUAACCAGUGAGUGAGCCUGGCUUUUCACAUGCAGGAUGCACACAGCCAGCUAAUGGAGGGAUGCUCAUGUGAUGGGAUGCUCAGCUGUUUCAGCAACCAGUCUGGCUGAGAAAAGUUGGUUGCUUUGCAAAAUUUGUAAUGCCAGAAGUUUGACGGUGAAAAGAUUGCAUGUUCAGAGUAAUCCAUAACCUGAUUCGCUGCGCUCUCUGGUGUUUCCCAGGCUGUCUUCGGGGAUACUUGCCCAUAUAUUCUUUCUUCAUAACUGACGGUAUUGCUUACCUGACCAACCUUAUUCUAUAAUUACCUAACCAGGAGAUUACAUUUGCCACACCAUGCAAUGGGAAGAAGGAGAACUGAAAUACAGUUUCUAUGCUAGGAACCCAGUUCCUUGUCCUCUUCAGUUUUGCUGAGAAUGAACCAAUGAGGCUAGUUGAGGAAUCUUGUUAUGAUCUUUGUCAUGCACGCAUGCCUUCCUGCAAUAACUGUACGGAACUGAUCCAUGAUGGGCCUGCAGAUUUCAGUGCUGGGAUCUCUCUGGAGGGAGUAACAGCACCAUAUCAGCAUUAGAAGCAAUUCCUUCCUCUUACCUGCUAAAUUCUUCACAAAACUUACUAGACAAAAUUCUGUUAAAACUUUACAAGAACGUAAGGGGUUUCGGAAUAGCUACUACCAAUGGUAUAAGGGUAUUCGAAUUCCAACUACAUGCUGUAAAGGGACUCUGGCAUCCCAGCUGCCAGCAUCAUUGAGCCUACUGCUUCUCAGAAGGCUACGAAUCUUCAUAAAAUGCCUCUUAGAGGCACUAGCACUGCAAGGAUCCCAUGAGAUUAGAAAGUCAUUAUCUAUGGUGAGCAAAUACUACACUUGACUUAUAAGAUGGUAGGGUAUACCACGUACUGUCCUCUCAAUGCAUAAGGGUUUAUACAGGUCAAUACCCCAAGUAUUAAGAUCAGAAGACACACCUGGUUUAAGGGCAGAUGUUCAAAGGCACAAUGGGAAUUAGGAGCCCAACAGACUUUGGUGCCUUUGAACAUCUCCCCCUUAAAAUCUAAAGCCUGACCCUGCCACUAUUGGUGUAUCCAGAUCUGCCACCGAAGUUAAGGGGAGUUUUUAGUGUGGAUUUGAAGUGAAGUAAAUUUGCACAAAUAUAUGGGGCCAGAGCCUGAGCUUGUGUAAACUGGCAUUGCUCCAUAGACUCCAAAGGUCUUCUAAUUUGGAGUAGCUGAGGCCCAAUCCAGCCCAUUGGAUCUGUAUCCACAGCUCUUGUUCAGACAAAGGAAUUUUGUCCAUGAGUAAGGACUGAAGGGUCGGGCUCAUGUCUUUAAAGGCAGCAUAUUUUGUACAGACUGGGGAAGUGAAAUGAAUAUCCAGCAUCUAGGGCCCAGUUCUGAGUAUCCACACUUUCCUUGGACUCUCAGGAUCAAACCACUGCUAAAGAAUGUUUCACAGAAUGAUUGUAAAAACUUAGGGGCCUGGGGAAGGUUAUAAGACUCCAGGUCAUUUCCUUCUGGAUUUGUAGCAAAAAUGAUUUAUCUUGAAGAUUGCUAGCUGGAUUUCCUCCCCUCUCCCCCCAUCCUAGCUGGUUCAUAAACUAUGCAGAUGGUGUCCAGAGACUAGGGUCUACAUUCUGUCUGGUCCUCACAGGAUUGUGCAGUGAGGAUGGAAGGGGGCUGGUAAGGAGAGGAGGGACCAAAUAGCCCCUGCCCUUCUCUACACAGUCUGUGUAAGGUUUUGCCAGAAUUGCAACCCUUGAGCUAGAGGGAACCCAAGCACUGCUACUGUUAUCGUUCCUCCAGGGACCAGAUGUGCUAUUCUCUCAAAAGGGGGCAAGAAGGGAUGGAAAGUAGUACAGCGGCAGGUCAACUGGGGAGUAUGCCGCAGCCCUUAAAUUGAUCUACAAAGGGCAAUUAGGGGGCUCCAGGAGAUAUUCUGUUUCCAGUGCUCCCCAUGGGGUGAUGUGGGCUGUGUCUAAAUACCACAGUCACCCACAGUGUCAUAGAGGGGUCAGGGAUGGCCUGCACUAGCUAAUCAUUUUUAAAGCUAUUGUGUGUCCUGGGUCUUACUGUGCAUUAGGAGCUUAGGUGCGUAAAUCCCUGCCCAUGUAAAGGAGUUAUUCCCAGCAGCAUAUACUAGGGAGAUCCCAAUAUAAUUGCAUAGCAUCUGUCCUACUCACCAUUACAACAUGCUUUCUGGCAAAAGGGGAAGUACACCAGUGGAAUCUCUACAUGAGAAGCCACGCACCGAGAUAAAGAAUGGUGUUAAUAUAUUUGACAAAUGAGAGAAAAAUAUGGAGAGGUGGAGGAGAGAGGAAAAACCCAGUGGCAUGGAAAAUUGCUGAACAGUUAGAAUGAGAGACCAGACAAGAGAUGGAGAACUUCUCCUCUCUUGGUUUUCCCUACAAAUACAUCACAGAGAAACCAAGUGAAGGGCAGUGAGUCAUACCAGUAAUAUAGGAGAAAUGACAUACACAGAGUAGAGGGAGCUGAUCUUGAGUCUUGCCAUCACUAAAAAAUGUGCAUUUUUUUACCUUGGGGUGACUAACACUCCUGAGCUAUUCCAAGGUAAAAACACAGUGGAGACAAGGCAUUUAGAAUUACCAUGAGGUAAACAUGAGAGGUCAGCCCCUGAAAGGGGUACAGGGCUACUCACCAUACGGUAAAACUGAAGUGUUUUUACAUUGGAAUAGCUUAUGCAUGCCAGUUAUCCCAUGGUAAUCAAUGUACCUUUUCUAGCAGUGAAAACAAGGCCAUAGUCUCACCGGGAUCCGUGCUCAUCACUGCCUCGGUUUAAUUAUGCAGCUUGAAUUUCUGCACCAUAAUCUAUUUAGCAAUGAAUUACCUUCUGGUUCCCCCUAGUGGAUUGUUACAGUGUUUAUGAAUGACAGUUAUUGUCUAAAUAUAAAUUAUUAUAUCUAUAUUUUUGUACAUUUUAUGUUUAAAAAUCUGAACCUAUUUUAUUGAUGUGUUUCUUUUGCUUUUGUUUUGCAAAUUAUUUUGUGUUGUUAAUAAUGCCUCACUUUUGUUAUCUUGUAUCACGGUUUUGCUGGGUCUUCAUCCUUUGUCCCAGUGGAGCUGGGGUAAAGGGGAAUUUAGGAAUAAAACCUUGCUUGAAAGCUUAGAGAUUUGGAGCUGGAUCAGUCCUGAUGCUCAAUCAACCACCUGGUCAGGAGGAAAUACCACAGAAUUACUUACAGCCACGGUAACAACUGUGAUACUUAGCUCAAACAUGGCAUUAUGUAGCUUCAAAUGUGAACUAACAAUCCUUGCACCAGUGCUGCUGGAGUAGAUAAAUAUUAAUCCUACUUUACAGAUGGAGACUGGGGCAGAGGGGUUAAAUAACCAGCCAAGAGAGUCCACGGUGAGUUGAGAUUAGAAUUCAGGAGUUCUAGGCUCCCAUGUCUCAAGAGGCUGAUGCUGAGAGUUCUCAGCACCUUGCAGGACUGGCCUGUGAGCUAUUUCCAUUGCAUUUAAACUGGCUGUUGCACCUCCGGGGAAGAGGAAAGUGGCCUAAAAUCCAAGGGCACCAAGAGGGCUGAGAUGUCUGCAUCCCCCUGGCUACUUUAGAGUAGCUAAACUAAAGCAUGUGACAGUAGGUAUCUGUAUAGGAUGUGAAUGUGUUUUAUUGACUACAUUUUAGGCUGAGAGGUGCUCUCACUGGUGAACAGCGUUAAGCUAGUUACUCCAAGGGAGUUAAACUGAGGUUCAGCAUCUUUGUCCUGUUCUGAUGGAGACUUAUUUAAAUGGCAAUUGUAUCUAGACAUGGUCCCAAACAAGUGCUUGCAAACGCCCGUCUGUACCUGCAGCUGUGCCAAUUUUAGUGAAUUUUAUGGCCUUAGGAAAAUAAGGGACUUGAUACUCCUGGUCAGAGACAAAGUAUCCAAGUGUAACAGGAUCUAGAGAAUGAAAAUGUAUAGCUUGGAGAUACCCAUGGAUUUUAAAUAGUAGCAACUCCUAGCAUUUUCCAUGGGGGUUAAUGCAUUUUUCCAUACAUUUUUGUUAAACUGUAUCACAGGCACAUUUUAUGCAACAUGACAAAUUAUUUGAACUGGAUUUCAAAUGUUACAAACUGACCAGUUUUCGUGGGUGUGGCUCUAGAUUCUAAAUAGAGGGAAUACAUUCUAAAAUACAGUGGGUAAAAAUUAUAAAUGAACCUAAGUUCCCCUGAUAAUCAAUUGUCCUCAAUUUUAAUUCAUUAAGGUCCGCACAGUCCUUUAAAAAUGUAAAGUGCUAUAUUAAUUAAGUAUUCUUCUUAAGCAUGAUUUUUUUAAUAAUUUUGUAAUAUCUUAAGUAUAUGUAAGACUGUACUGUACACACUAAUAGAAACGUGUGAUCCAUUGGCCAGGUCAGAGGACUUGGAGCAAGGAACUCCCAAGGUCUAAUCCUUGUUCCAACGUUGUGUCCAUCUGUAGCGCUGAGCAAGUCACUUCACCUUUCUGUGCAUCAGUUGUGGGAUAAUUAAAAAACUUACCUACAGCACAGGUGAUUCAUUAGUGUACAUUUGCAAAGUAUUUUGCAGAUUGAAAACACAAUACGUUGUGACUGCUACAUCUUAUCUAUGGAUUUUUAAAUCAAUGAGUAUUUUCUCCCUUGCAGUUUCUUUCCAUUGGUUUGGUGGUGGUGGUUGGGGGGGUUGUUCCCUAUUGAUAUCAAAAAGGGAAGUGGCAGAGAGGGAGAGGAAGCGAAUGGUUUAAAGAGCGGCGGAGCAGCAAGAUGUCACUGAAAUAGUGUGGAUGAAAGUAGAAGCAGAGUGGGGGAAGAAAAAUGGCCUUUUUGCAUUCAGCUAGGAGAAGGGCCAAUUUCAGGCUCAGAGAGUUAGCUAGCACAUAGUAGAAGCCUACUGUGGAUAAAGUCGUUCCAGUUUUAGUACAACCUGUUGCCAUGUGUUAAAACUACAACUGCUUCAUCUACACUAGGAGUUCACCACAUAUUAGUUAUUGGCAGUUAGCUAACAUCUAGUAAUAAACCCACACCAUUUUUUCCUAGUGAAGACAAGGCCAAAGCAGCACCGGUGGAUAUUCAAACAGGGUCUAAUGAUGUGAAACAACUGGCUUAGCCAGAGCCCUUAAAAGGGAGGAAAGGAACAAAGAGUGUGUGAAAUUGGACAGGGCUGCCUCAGGCUGUCAAGGGUGGGGUUCAAGGAAGAGAUGUUCAAAGCCAGGAGAGAAAAACAACUUGGCUUCAAAGUAGUUUAAAUGAAUGUGUUGACUUAAUACCCAGGCAUUAAGCUGCAAACCAAUUUCCUGCCUCAUUAGGAAUUGCUUGCAUUUAAUUGGCAUGGGUGUGUGAUUUAGGGAUUAAUGCAGGGGACUAGGCAUCAGGAUUUCUGGGUUCUGUUACAGCAGUGGCACCAGCUCUAUGAGAAAAGUCACUUUGCUGAGUCUGUUUUAUUCAUCUAUAGUAAUACCUACCUCACAGGGGAGUUGUGUGCUUCAGUAACAGGUGUGAAGUUCUCCGAUAUCGUCAAGUGACACAGGUUACACAGCAGUGACUUGCUGAUAUUUUAAAUUAGGUAACAGGAUAUAAUCUUCCAACUGAUACUAUACAAUUUUCAACACCAAGCAUUAGGCUUCCAAUUAUGUCCUCUGGCCAAAAUUCUGCACACCAGUUCAUGGGUGUAAACCUGGAGUACUUCAGUGGAACCAAUUCACAUUUACAGCAAUGAAACAGAAGAACGAGUCCCUCUGUGGUUUUGUACUGGAUGGGAGAUGGUUUUGUACCUUGCCUAGGGAAUCAUUUGGAUAGCACUCGAAUCACACUCUGCUAAUUAUUUUAAGAUCCCAUCCGCACUUAACCUGCAAGGCUCCCUCACCUGUAUUAACCCUCUGCUGUGAAUAUUUUAAUCCAACUUCACUAUACAGGAACAGGGGCAGUUUUUUUCUCCCUUUUGUUGUAUACUAUUU